AUCCCACUUUCUGAAAGCCGUUUGCCGUACAUUGUGCAAGUGACUCCUGAGUUGAUGUACAUGAUUCCGACCGUUAACAAGACAUUUUGUCUUUAUUUUAUCACCCAGCGUGUGCCUUUCUUGAUUCUUUUGCGGGAGAAAGAAUCUUAUUGGCUGUGUGCUAGUACUUCUCAUCUUUGUUUGUUUUCUCUUCCUCGCCCCUUAUCAUUUCAUUUGAAGCCUACACACUCUAGAAUCGCUAUAACUGACUUUUGGCUGAGAUACGCUUGUGAUAAAAUCUUGCUCUGCUGUCGUCACUCUUUAGCAGGAUUUCAAUGUCAUACUGCAGGAAAUCUUGUAACCACCCUUAAUGAUGAACGCUCAAAGAUAGGUAGGAUGUGGCCGGGUUCGUGCCAAUGGCCCUCCCCUCUGGGUGCUCCUAUAAGAACACACUGGUGUAAAAACUGCGGCAGAGAGACUGUAUUUUCCAAUACAGAAAAAAUAGACAUGCCAUCCAACGCAAUGCCUUCUUGCACCAGACACCUUCAAACAACCAGAGGAUUCAUGUGGAAUCAGGUGUCCAGCUGGAGGAGUGUGUGGGUUGUGUACUCCCUCAUCUGCGUUCUGGCACUGCAGGAAGGCAGCGAGGGCACCAAAGCACGCUGCGGGAGAGAGCUGGUAGCUGACCUGGAGUUUGUGUGUGGAGACCGUGGAUUUUACAGAGGCAAACCCGGAGGAUCCCGUAGUGGCCCUCGCUCUCGUGGGAAUGGGAUUGUAGAGCAAUGCUGCGUGCGAGGAUGUGACCUCCAGCAUUUGGAGUCGUACUGUGCCAAACCCAAAAGAGGGCGCCGUCAUGCCCCUGAGAUACUUCAACACACUGUGGAAGAGCGAUUCAGGCAGUUGUUUCAAACGCGGUACCAAAAGCUCGCCAAGAUGAACAGGGAUCAUGAAACUACAUCUCAAAGACUCAGAGAACGAGUGCUGUACCAGUGGAACUUCAGGGGUCCUCUUUUAUUCAAUUCAGACACCAAGACACCCAACCGGCCGCCCUCUGCUCACCACCAUCUUUCCACUGACCAGAUUACACCAGCAGCAACAUUUAUCCAACAGAAUCGAUAGCCAAAGCUCUGGAUCUUGCAGGGAGACAAUACAAUCCUAUUUCAUGACUUCAUUCCUUGCAGAAUUAUGAACUGAGAUGUAUGUAUGAGAAACUAGUGGACAUAAUGGCAAAUACAAGAUGCCCUGUUAUCAUGAAUGAUCAAAAAGUAUUAGAGAAAAGUUUAGGAUGCAAGUAUUUGUACACUACACUUAUAAACUUCAAAUACUUCAUAUAUAAGACCACUGAAAGUGAGGUAAGUUAUUUUGAAUGUUAGAGUUUAGAAUUAUGAAUUUAUAUUGUGAGAAUGCGUAAAUGUGUUUUUGUAAAAAGUUACUGAUGCUGUGUUUCUAAAUAUAUUUUCUUACUUUUUUGUAUUUCGGGUUUAAUUUAUAUUCAUAAGUUUGAUAACGAUUUAAAAUGUCUGAUACUUGUGAAAUAUCUAUAAGCAGCAUUUUUAGUUAAACAAACAAAAAAGUUUCCAAUGCAAUG